AUGCAGGCUUUUGUUUGUGUGGAAAUCCUCCAGCUUGUACUACUAGUUUUUAGCCAACUUGGAGUCCGCGAGGCGCUCCGCCAGCUCGAGGAAGGGGAGCAGGUGGCCGAAGGCGAGCCACGGGAAGACGACGAUGUGCGGCGGGGGAGAGUCGGCGGCGGCGUCCAUCUCCGCGCGCUAGCUGCAGCGAGGGUCGACGGACCACAGUACUUCAUCGCCCUGCGGAGCAGCCCCGAGCUGGAGCCCGACGCGUUCCCGCUCCUAACGAGGCUCUACGGCAAGCCGGCCGUCCCGCUCGGCCUGCUUCCGCCGCCGCCCGACGGAGCCCGUAGCGCCAGCGAGAACGCCGAGGACGUUGCGAUCAUUCAGUGGCUCAACGCGCUGCCGGCCAAGUCGGUGGUCUACGUGGCGUUGGGAAGUGAGGCGCCGUUGCGCGCCGAGCUGCUCCGCGAGCUGGCCCAUGGGCUGGAGCUCUCCGGGACGAGCUUCCUCUGGGCCCUCAGGAAUCCGGUCGACGGCGACGGCGACGGAGAGAGCAUGAGCAUCCUACUACCAGACGGCUUCGUGGAGCGCACGGGCAGGCGCGGGCUGGUGGCGGCGCGCUGGGUUCCUCAGGUGAGCAUACUGGCGCACGGCGCGGUGGGUGCGUUCUUGACGCACUGCGGGUGGGGCUCGGUCGUGGAGGGGCUCCAGUUCGGGCACCCCCUGAUCAUGCUGCCGCUCGCCGGUGACCAGGGCCCCAACGCACGGCUCAUGGAGGAGAGGAAGGUCGGGGUGCUGGUGCCGAGGGACGAGGAGGACGGUUCAUUUUCCCGAGACGGCGUCGCCGGAGCUGUUCGGGCCGUCAUUGUAGAGGAGGGGGGAAGCGUGUUCGCGGACAAUGCCAAGAAGCUGCAAGGCGUCGUGGCGAGCAUGGAGUGCAACGAGAGGUGCAUCGACUUGUUCAUUCAGCACUUACGAUCUUGUAGGAACUAGGCAGCUGGGUAGGAAAUCUUUUUGAGCUACAUAUUGGGACAUGACGGAGAAAAGAUUGGUUUGUUUGGCGUAAGUUGAUUUUUUCUCUUGGUAGUACAUGAAGAAUGGAGAGAGGAGCAGAACUUCACCGCCGAGCAUGUGUGUGCUCUUGCACCCAGAGUGUUCGACGGAAUGUUCCUUUGUAUGUACUAUUUUAGCUUUUUAAGGUUCCAUCGCCCGGUCCUUGCAUCGAGAGGAGACGACGUACUACGUAUGCAUGCAUGCACCUACGUCUAGGCACGUGGAGGGCAUGCAUCAAGGCCAUUCCCUCGCUUGUACUCAGGACGAGACUUGCCUGCUCCCUUCCAUGCUCCCAUCCGUGCUCCCGCAUACGUGGCUUGAUUUGAUUGGAAGAAAAUAAGGCCCGGCCUCAUCCCCUGAAAAUCAGGGGGGAGAUGAUUAGAUUAGAAAAGAAAAAGGAAAAAGAACAGCCGUAGG